AUCCGGGAGUGGAGAGAAAAGGGCUUGGGUCACGUGAUGCUGAGGGUGGGGUCUGGUAGAAGCGGGUGCGGCGCUGGGUCCCGCGCGGAUCUGACAAGAUCAAAGCUGCAGGAGAAUGGACAGUGAGGUACAGAGAGAUGGGAGGAUCUUGGAUUUGAUUGACGAUGCCUGGCGAGAAGACAAGCUGCCGUAUGAAGAUGUCGCAAUACCACUGAAUGAGCUUCCUGAACCGGAACAGGACAACGGUGGCACCACAGAAUCUGUUAAAGAGCAAGAAAUGAAGUGGACCGACUUGGCCUUACAGUACCUCCAUGAGAACGUUCCCCCUGUAGGAAACUAACACCUGGCUCCCUUUUCAUGGACGGAUUUUUUUUAGAAUACGUAGGGGCACUAAGGUAGCUCAGUGGUUAAACAUCCAACUCUUGAUUUCAGCUUAGGUCAUGAUCUCACCGUUUUUGAAAUAGAGCUUUGUAUCGGACUCCAUGCUAACGGUGUGGAGUCUGCUUGGGAUUCUCUCCCUCUCUCUCUGCCUCUUCCCCAGGUGCACACAUGCACGCGCGCUCUCUCUCUCUAAAAUAAAUAAAAAUUAAAAAAAUUAAAAA